AAUCCACCAUUUUUCCAUUAACAACGCGUCUUUUUCAAUUUUCCUGUAAACCUUCAUGCAAAUAAAACGUUGGAUGUUAUUUAAUUUUUGAUUAAGAAAGUAAAAAUAUAAAACACUGAAUUCUACAAAAUUUAAUUAGUAAAAGUUCAUGUAGUAAAUACGUGCUCUACGAUAAAACCGUUUUACGAAAAAAAAAAAAAACGAUUAUUUUUGUGUACAAUUGUUUUUGGUAGUAGUAGUGACAAUUAGUCAAGAUGGUGGGCAAGCUUCAUAAAAAGAAAAUAUCAGAAUACGCGGAAGCUGCCGAAAAUGAAGAAAAGCAGCAAAAUGAUGAAAAAGCCGACGAGGGCGAGGAAACAAUUGAAGAUAAAGAUGACGAUCAAGUUAGUGGCAGUGAAUCGGACACUGGCGAUGGCGCCAAUAACGAAAACAAUAAAAGCAGAGAUUCAAUGACCAAUAAUGAAGAGACUGCUGGCGAUGAGACCGGCGACAACGAGGACGAGGACAAGCUACCGGAUUCCAACGAUCCAGAAGAUAGCGAACCUGAAAAUGGUAAAAAAGGGAAAAAACGAAAAGCGGCGGAAAGAGCAGCAAGAAAAGACGGUGCUACUGAAGAAGACAGCGAUGAUGAGCCUUUAAACGGUACAGUAAAUCCAAAAAAGAAAGGGAGAAAGAGCGCGACUAACAGUGGCGGCGGCAGCAAAGGUAAAAAAAACAUGAAAAGUGGCGGUAAAGGUAAGCAGUCAAAAAAGUCGGCGCCUAAAGUAGACGACGAAGAAGAGGAAGAAGCAGAGUACGAAGUGAAAGAUAUUGUAGGUCACAAAAUCGAACGUGGCAUUUCAUAUUUUCUUAUACGUUGGAAAGGGUAUACUAAAGAUGAUGAUACAUGGGAGCCAGAAGAUACAUUAAAUUGUCCGGAUAUUAUAGACAAAUAUAAGAAAAAGCAAGCCAUAAAUUCACCUAAAAAAGGUGGAUCGCCCGCCAAAAAAGGCAAGGGUAAUGCAAAAAAUAUUUCAAUCAAACCUAAAGAGGAUCCGAAUAAGGAAUGGGAAGUCGAGAAAAUUAUAGAUUAUGCCGAGGAGAAAGCUGGUAGAGUAUUCCGUAUACGCUGGAAGGGUUUUGGACCGAAGCAUGAUACUUGGGAACCAGAAAAAAAUCUUAAUUGUAAUGAUAUCAUACAAAAGUUUAUGAAACGGAUGAAAUCGCAAGAAAAUGUCUCCUUUAAAGAACUGCGUGAAGAACCCAAGAAAACCAAGCGUUUGGUUAACGAGACAGCGUUGCGUACCAAUUUAAACAAUCCAAUUGGGCGUAAAUCAAAACGAUCCUCAGCUAAGAAGCGGUUAAUGAACAUAAAUAGUGCACUGAUAUAUACCAGCGCAUAACAGAAACCGCAUUGCCAUUUCAUACGCCUUCUAGACGCCGCUGGCCUAGUUUUAACAUUCGAACGAGAGCGUGUGGCACUGUCUCAUGUGAACGAUGCAAUAACCACAGUUAUUUUUUUUCAUCAGCAAAUGGUGCCGGAUUUAAAAAGACUCGGAUCGAGCUGAAUGAACGCUUUUCUGCGUUAUUUUUUUAAAAUUUCUUUGUUAAGUAAACUUGAAUGUAGUUUCUGAAGAAAAAAUAGAUCUUGAUCGUUUGGAUAGCAGUAUAAGAGUUUUAAUAUAAAUUAAAGGCAUUCUUCUCGAUCUCUCUUAAUAAAUUUUCAAUAAUUUAUUUUUGAAAAAUUUAGGAACAAGCAAACUGUCGAUCGAAUAACCGAUUCAAACAUUAGUUCCAUUAGCAAUAAAAACAAAAAA